CCUGGAGCUGCCGGCUGCGCUUGUGGGGCCGGAGCAGGAUCGGAGCGUAGGUCUUGGCCUCUGCCCUGUGACAGCUCCCAGCUAGAGGGUGCAGGGGAGCUGCCCGGGCUAGAGGCCAUAGCAGAAGGGAAGAAGAACAGGAGUCCGAAUCCUCUCAUCCCCCAGACAGCAGGCAUGGGCUGCACCCGGACUCUAACUUCAGCUGGCCCUGGUGGCCCACAUGGGCAUAAGGUCUAUUUUUAGCUCUGCCACAGAAAGCUAACCACCGAGCUACAGUGGUAGUCAGGGUUUCUCAAGGGCUGUUGGGGCAGAGGCAAGGAGUGAGAGAGACCAGCCCUGCUUCCUUCCACAUCACCCUUGGCCACCCCCCAGCCACCCAUCCCCAUGAGCCCAGACUAGUUCUCCAUGGUCUGGCAGACAGCCUGCCUCUGGGCCAAGGGCAAGGUCAGGGGGUGCAGCCACGAGGGCAGAUGGACACGGUCUUGUGGUCUGGGCAAGGGUUGCAUCAGCCCAAGCAGUGGCCCAGGGCAGAGGGCCCCAUGAGAGGGAAAGGCUGACCAGGUUGUGGGAAGGCAUGUUCAGAAAGUCAGGGCCUCCCCCAAGGGGUCAGUCCCACAGGUGGCCAAUAAUGCUGUUUGAACAUAGGCAGGGAGCCUGCCUUCAAUGAGCCUCCUCAGUCUCCCCUUCUGUGCAGUGAGAGUGCUGGAUCCGGAUUCCCAGAUCCUCUCUCCUGCCCUGGGCUCCCCACCUUCCCCAUUUGCCACAGAAGUUCCUGACUUCCUUCUGGCCCUGGCUGCGGGUGGCCACAUGCCCCUGUGGAAAAGGAAGUCCUUCUGGCUGGUACUGUCAGUCUUCUGGCUCCUCCUCAUCCUCCUGGGAGUCUUCCCCUUUCGCCUGGCAGUACCACCUGGACCUCUACCGGGGAGCUCCCAAAGUUGGCCCCUCUGGUUGGAUGCUGCCUUCCUACAGAGUUUCUCCCAGUCUGAGACACUCCCAGAAGAUGCCCCACAGCUUCCUCAAGCCCCGGGGAGCAGCUGCACCUGGGGAGCCUGCUUCGACACCUCCAAAUGUAAGGGAAAUGUCCUCAGCAUCUUUGUGCACCUCCCAGCUGGUCCAACCACUGAGGCUCAUCGCGGGAUCCUGGACUUCUUGGAAGGCUCCCGAUACUAUGCACUUAGCCCAGCAGAAGCUUGCCUCCACCUCUUUCUCCCCAGCCAGGACCACAGAGGAGCGUGCGGGCCCCUGCCUCCGUACUGGAAUGGGGGCCGGAACCAUCUGGUUCUCAGUCUGUACCCAGCCCCCUGCACCAGGCUGGGACAGGCGAUGGUAGCUGAGGCCAGCCCCUCCUCGGACAUCUUCCGACCAGGCUUCGAUGUCGCGCUCCCAUAUCUUCCUGAAGCUCACCCAUUGCAAGGUGGGGCUCCGGGCCAGCUGCAGCAGCAUAGUCCCCAGCCUGGAGCCACCUUACUGGCCGUCGCAGAGGAGAGGGGCGGGUGGCGUACUGUAAGCACCCAUGCCUCCGCCUGCCCUUGGGGCAGGCACUGCGAGCAAGACCCCGGACCCCAUCAGACCCACCCAGGAGAAACACUACCCAGUGCCACCUUCUGCCUCAUUCCUGGCCACCGAUCUGCCGCCUCCUGCUUCCUCCAAGCCCUUCAGGCCGGCUGUAUCCCUGUGCUCCUCAGCCCUCGCUGGGAGUUGCCUUUCUCAGAAGUCAUCGACUGGACCAAGGCAGCCAUCCUUGCUGAUGAGAGGCUCCCGCUGCAGGUCCUGGCUGCUCUCCGUGAAAUGCCGCCUUCGAGGAUUCUCUCCCUCCGGCAGCAGACCCAGUUUCUGUGGACCGCUUACUUCUCCUCAGUGGAAAAAGUCAUCCAUACCACACUAGAGAUCAUUCAGGACCGGAUCUGGGGGGCCUCAGCUCGCCCCUCUCGGAUGUGGAACAGCCCCCCAGGGGCACUCCUGGCUCUCCCCACUUUUUCCACGAGCCUGAAGGACUUCCCCUUUUAUCACCAGCAACAGGGCUCCAUCCCUGAGAGCCGUUUCAGCGCCCUGAUCUGGGUAGGGGUCUCUGGCGAGCCCCUGCUGAAGCUUAUCCAGGCGGUGGCAGCUUCCCGGCACUGUGCCCAGAUCCUGAUCCUCUGGAGCAGUGAGAAGCCACCCCCUGACAGGUGGCCUGAGACAACGGUGCCCUUGACAGUCAUUGAGGGGCACAGGAAGGCCAGUGACCGAUUCUUCCCGUACAGCGACAUCAGCACCAACGUCAUCCUCAGCCUUGAUGCCCGAAGCACUCUUUCUACCAGUGAGGUGGACUUUGCCUUUGUGGUGUGGCAGAGCUUUCCUGAGCGGAUGGUGGGCUUUCUGACUUGGAACCACUUCUGGGAUGAGGCCCGGGGUGGAUGGGGCUACAGUACUGAGAUGGCCAAUGAAUUCUCCAUGGUCCUCACUACGGCUGCCUUCUACCACAGGUAUUACCACACCCUCUUCACCCACUCCCUGCCUAAGACCCUGAGGACCAUGGCAGAUGACACUCCCACCUGUGUGGAUGUCCUGAUGAACUUCCUGGUAGCAACUGUCACCAAGCUGCCCCCUAUCAAGGUGCCUUACGGCAGGCAGCACCGGAAGGCUGCCCCACCGGCCGCUGAGGGACCUGGACCUGGACCAGAGCCUCAGCCUCUGGCUCAGGACUGCAUCAACCGUGUGGCAGCGGGGUUCGGCCACAUGCCUCUGGUGUCCUCUCGAGUGCGUCUGGACCCGGUACUGUUCAAGGACCCGGUGUCCGUGCAACGCAAGAAGUACCGCAGUCUAGAGAAGCCCUAGGCAAAGCGCUGCCCCUGCCCUGGACAGGAGAGAACGCAUAAGUCAUGUCCCGGUUGGCCAAUCACGACAGGGCGCCCUGAGGGGCGGGGUCUCCCCUUGGCUGCGGCGGGACAGCGUUAGGUUUGGCAAAGGCCGGGACACAGGCUGAUCCCGGUCCCUGAAAUGCCUUUCUCUGCAUCUCUGCCUGUUCCAUUCCUGACCCGCAUGCCCACUCACCUCCUUGGUGGUCUCGAAGUCCUUGCACGAUUCACGCUGAGUGCUUGGGCACACCUCCCCGUCCCAGGACGGGCCUAGGAGCUCCGGAGGGCGGAUCCUGCCCCUCCUUUCUUCGGUCUGGCAGGUGCAUGGUAAAUAUUUGACCUAUAGCUACAAGAGUAUUAACUGGAUGCCAGCGUGGUGGAACAUGGGCAGUGUGUGCACGAGGCAAAACUCCAUCCCCUGCUCUGGGGUUCCUAGUUCACAAAA